AUGUCGAUCGCAGAUUGUUUGCGGUACUGGGCACUUACAACAAAUCAAUCUCAAAAUUCUGUAAGAUUAAUUUUGAAUAUUUUAAGAGCUAAAACCAACUGUAUUUUACCCAAAAGUACCAAAACCUUGCUUGAAACUCCGCGAUCUCGGCCUUCAUCCAUAACAGAAAUUAAUGGUGGACUAUAUUGGUACGAUGGAAUAGACAAAAACAUCAGUAAUUAUUUCAGACACACUUAUCCGCCAUAUCAAUGUUUAUCUUUGAAUAUAUGUAUAGAUGGUUUACCAUUAUAUAAAAGUAGCUCUGUACAAUUUUGGCCAAAUAUGGCCAAUAUUCAUGAAAUGUCAGAGGUACCUCCAAUGACCGUGGCAAUAUUUUGUGGCAUGUCAAAACCAGGUGAUCUGGAAUCUUAUCUUCGUCCUUUUAUUGAAGAAUUGAAUAUUAUAAAGCAAUACGGAAUAAUCAUAAAGUCUCGCACAUUUUCGAUAAACCUACGAGCUAUAAUAGCAGACUCCCCUGCUAGAUCAUUUAUUAAAAUCUCGCCACUUUUAGAUUUACAACAUUUUAAUAUGAUCGAUGUUACAAUCACAUCUGAUCCAUUACAUCUAAUCGAUGUAGGAGUUACGUGGAAGCUAAUCUUAGGAUGGAGAGAUUUAACUAUGUUUUCCUCAGAAAAAUAUCGGCAAAAUUGGCAUUUAGCUGCAAAAGUGCUAGAAGAUUUUGUUGAUGAAUUUGGAAAGAUAUACGAUGAAAAAUAUCUUACAAGUAAUGUUCAUAAUUUGCUUCAUGUUUAUGACGAUGUUGAAAAUUAUGGUGUUCUUGGGACAACUUCGUCAUAUCCAUUUGAGAAUCAUCUUCAAUUCUUGAAAAAAAUAGUACGUGGUGGAAGUAAACAAUUGGAGCAGCCCAUAAAUCGUUUGAUAGAGCUCCAGCAAGUUAAUAUACGGUGGAAACACAAAACUGAACCAUUUCUGAACAAUUUCUGA